AAAAAUAUCUGGUGGUCAAUCAUCUGUCUCAAUUCUUUGAUUCUGCUCUGUUUCUCAUGUUCCAUUUCACAAUUCAGAGAAAAAACUUGACUGAGAAAAUUUCACCAAGUCCUCAUCUUUCUGGUCGUCCUCUCUCAUUUCUUAUCUCUUUCAUAUCGGACUUGUGAAAAUGGCAACACUUGCAUCAAAUCUCGUCUGUUUCGAAAAAGUAAGAGGGAGGUUGAAGAUAAAUUGCAGAAAGAAAGAGAAAGGAGGAAGAGAUCAGAGCCAUUACCCUUACAAAGUCAUUGAAAUCACUCCUCCUCCCAAGUCUCUUGGCGUUCGUUGUCUUCCUCAUAACCUUCAGUGCGGUGAGAACGUUAUGAUAGAAGGGCAAACGUACACAAUCUCCGCAGUGACUCAUCGGUAUCAGCUCAGGAAAGGCAAGUACGAGGCGAGUGAGAGGAGGCUUGAUGUUCUCUCCGCUGCUAGAUACGUCUUAAACCUUUACUUUGACAAUUUACUCCAAAACUCUUGAUCUUUUCUCUUAUUUAUUUAGCCAAUAAGUUUGGUCUUUAUUAGAGAUUUUCAUUGUAAACUUCCUUGAAUACUUUGUGAAUCUAUUGUAAUCAAGGAUUUGUACUUCAUAA